AUGCUGCUGCAGCUGCCGCUUUCCCUGCAGCUACCUAGGCAGCGGCAGCAUCCAGCAGCAGCAGCAACAGCAGCAGCAGACACCGAAAUAACAGCAGCAGCUGCAGCAGCAACAGUAGCAGCAACAACAGGCGGAUCACCAACGUCAUCAGCAACAGCAGCAACACCAACAUCAGCAGCAACAGCACCAACAACAGCAGCAUCACCAACAUCAGCAGCAUCAGCAGCACUAGCAUCGAUAACACCUACAUCAGCAGCAGCAGCAGCAGUAGCAGCAGCAAGAACUAAAGAUGGGGUGUAUAGGGAGGCAGAGGAUCAGCAGCUAUGGCAGUUGUUGUCUUCUCACCUCAACUACUGGCAGCACGGCAACAAGUUCUUGCAAUCAGGUCUGCCUCUGUUGCAGCGCUUGUUGUCCAAAGGUUAUUUUUCUGAGGAUAAUUCAGUGGCAUCAGCAGCAGCAGCAACAGCAGCAGCAGCAACAGCAGCAGCAGCAGCAGCAACAGCAGCAGAUCGAUGGAGUCUGCUGCUGCCUAAGCUUAAGGCCUUAGGCCUCCUUCGUUCUCCUUGUACUUCUUAUUAUCUUAUCUCUGGCAAUUUUGAUGCUUGGCUGCAGCUCUUUAAGGACUUCGAGGCCCUACAGAGCAGCAGCAGCAGCAGCAGCAGCAGCAGCAGCAGCAGCAGUAGCACUAGGUGUAGCAGCAGCAACAGCAGCAGUAAUAGCAGCAGCAGUAGUAGCAGUCGCAGCAGUAGCAGCAGCAGCAGCAAGAAUGAAUGUCCUACGGCGCAGCGGCAAGCGUCUGCGGGAGAGAGGAUGGAUGCUGCAGUAGCUUCACUGCUGCAGGACCAGCAGCAGCAACAGCAGCAGCAACAGCAGCAGCAGCAGCAGCCACAGCAGGGGCAGUCACAGCACCAGCCACAGCAACAACAUCCACAGCAACAGCAGCAACAGCAGCCACAGCAACACCAGCAACACCAGCUUCAGCCACAACAGCUGCAGCCACAGCAACAGCAGCAACGGCAACAGCAGCCACAGCAGCAGCCACCGCAGCUGCAGUCACCGCAGCUGGAGCCACCGCAGCUGCAGCAGCAGCAACAACCACAGCAGCAGCAGCAGCAGCAACACGGCCAGCAGUCAUACCAGCAGCAGCGUGCUGCACAAAUAGCUGCUCGCAAACCUUUUCAAUGGGUGUGCAGCAGCUGCAGCAGGGGCAGCAGCAGCAGCAACAACUUUAACAGCAGCAGCAUUUUGAGCAGGCUGCGACAGCAGCAGCAACUGCAGCAGCAGCAGCAGCAACUGCAGCAGCAGCAGCAAUUGCUGCAGCAGGAGCGGUUGCAGAAGCAGCGUUUAAUGCUGCAGCAAAUGUAUAUGAGACAACAACCCUCGAGAUUGCAACAGGCAAGUAGCCAUCCGCAGCAACAGCAGCAACAGCAACAGCAGCAACAGCAGCAGCAGCAACAGCUGCAGCAGCAACAGCAGCAGCAACAGCAACAGCAGCAACGGUCUUCUUUACAACGAGUGCAAGGGGAGCGCCGCUCUGCUUCGCUGCCAAACUGCCCCCCGCCCUCCACAGAACAACAAGGCAAACGGCCACGUCAAGCCCCAGAAGAUGCGGAGGCGCAACCAAUGCCGCCGCUGCUGCACCAGCAGCAGCAGCAGCAGCAGGAGAAGCAGCGGUGGCAGCAGGUGCAGCGCCAGCUGCUGCUGCAGAACCAGCAGCAGUUAUACUCUUGGUACGGGCAGCGGAAGCAGCAACUGCAGCAGCAGCAGCAGCAGCGAAGUCUGCUGCAUCCAUCCCCUUCGGUGGUCAGCAGCAGCAAUGGCUGCACUAGAGCAGCAAGAAGGCAGCAGCAGCACCAGCAGCAGGAGCAGCCGCUAAGCACAAUUAAGCAGCAAAAGAAGCAGCAAGUGCAGCGAACGCCCCAAGAUACGCAUAUGACUACCGCUUCCACCCCAGGAGUGCAGCACCGGCAGCAGCAGCAGCUGCAGCAGCAGCAGCAGCAAGGCAUGCAACACGAGCAGCAACUGCAGCAACGGCACAUACAGCGGCAGCAGCAACUGCAACACGCAACCUCACAGCAGUACUCCACUCGAACCUAUAUGACUCAGCAGCAGCAGCAGAAGCAGCAGCAGCAGCAGCAGCAGCAAGGGAAAAUAGAGCAACAGACGCAGCAGCGCGGUAUACCGGAGCAGCUGCACCAGCUGAGGGAAACAUUUAAGUUCCGACAGGAGCAGCAGAGGCAGCAGCUGCUGCUGCUGCGGCAGCAGCAGCUGCAACAGCCGCAGCUACAAUUAAGGGGUAACGGAAGUGAGCAUGCUCAGCAGCAGCAGCAGCAACAGCAGCGACAGCAGCAGAAGCAGCAACAGCAACAGAACGACCACCAAGAUAGUAACACGCUAGCUGCGUAUGGACAGAAUUUAUCUCAACAGCAACAGCAGCAGCAGCAGGAACAACAGCAGCAGCAACAACAGGCGAAAAGGCUACAGCAGCAGCAGCAGCAGCAACAGCAUGAGCAGUCGAAGGAGAAUGAGACGACGAAGGAGCAGAAGAAGCAGCAGCAGCAAGAGAAGCAGCAGCAGGAACAGCAGAAGACGCAGGAGAAGCAAAACCUCCUGAGGAUGCAGCAGCAGCAGCAACAACAAAAGCAACAACAGAUUCAACAGCAGCGACAAAAACAGCAACAGCAGCAAGACCAGCAGCAGCAGCAGCAGACACAGCACCACGACAUGCAACAACAACAACACGAACAGCAGCAACACCAACACCAACAGCAGCAGCAACAACAACAACACCAACAGCAACACCAACAACAACAUCAACAGCAACAACAGCAACAACAACAACAACAGCAACAACAACAACAACAGCAGCAGCAGCAACAGCAGCAGCAGCAGCAGCAGCAGCAGCAGCAGCAAGGAUGUGAAUAUUGUUUAUCAUUAUUAGAAGAUUUUGAUUUGGCAAUUUCAAGAUAUCGACAAGAAAUCAUUAACAUCGAACAACAACUCAAAUUGUUGUAA